CAAUUUUAAUGAUUGUCAUUAAAUAUAUAUGUGUAUACAUAUGUAUGUAUGUUGAUAUGUUUUGAUGAUCAUAGAACGGUACAUAUAGUAUAAUGUCGGCGUACCAGGAGGGACACCUGUCUAUAUAUGUAAGUACCUGCCGAUACACCCUCGACACCCUCGGCCGUUACUGUUGCCAUUCGACGUCAAAUGGAACAUGGUACAGUUGCUCAUUGUGCCGACACAAAGAAAGAUCUUUCUUGUACCGCUACAUGGUUAUCUGCAUUGUUUUCAGUAUCGUUAAGUGACGUUUGUGUAUAGUAUUAACAUCGUCUCGUUAAAUCAUUUUACUUGUUCCCUCCAAAUAAAAAACAUAAAACAGAGAAUAGAAGAAAAUACAAUCUAAAGAGAAGAUACAAUGUGUGUUACUUAAACACAAUAUUUAUUGGCAAAAUGUUCUACAAUGUUCUUGUGCAACAUGAUUCGCUGUUGUACGGUUCACCUGCGAAAGCUUUGUUGAAAAGUCUUUUAUUUAAAUAAAUCGGUUGACAACAUAUCAAAAGUCGAAACAAUCGACGCUACCGGUUUCUUCAAUCACUGGGAAAUUCAAUCGAACAGUUUAUGUAUGCGCACAUACCAUGACAUCGUUCUACGAUAGUCAUGGCUACUAUAAAAAAAUGUUGGAACUACAAGAAAAAUUACGAAAAAGAGUUAUUGUACAAAUUACACGACCAUUGCAGCGAAGAAGAAAGGAUAAGACUAGAAGAAAGAUUCAAAGUAUUGUUACAAGAAUCUCGUAACAGGCAUAAUACGUGUAUAAAUCGGCUACGUUUCAAGUACAUAGAGUUUUUAGAGGAGCAACGCGUGUCGGACCAAAGGAACUACAAGCUCCUCGAAGCGUUGGACAGCGUGGACAAUAGUCUAGCCUUGAUGACAGCGAGAACAGAUAGGCUUAACAUUCUUAGAAAACAUUACGAAGCGUAUCUUCGCCGAAUGUGUACAGUUCAUGCGGACGGCGUAAGCGAAGGAUCGGGUCGGAAGGCCGAUAAAUACCUGCGAACAGAUGCGAACGAGCGGAUGAAUUCCCUAUCACCCGAAGGGCGCGGUACUUUGCUGUUGAAAUCGCCUCGGCCGAGUUACCAAACAAUCGGAUCGAGUUUCUGUUCCCCGUUGGAGGCUGUCAAAACGCCGAGUCAACGAACAACCGCAUACGAUCCGGAUGCCUUGCAGAUGUACUGGAAACACGAUCUUCAACAGUUACCCAAGAUUCGUUUGUCCCCACCAAGCGGGGACAGAAGCUUCCAGCAGAGUCGAACAUCCGACAACAACAACGAUAUUCGCCUCAACGAUAGCGAUCCUCGAGCUGAAUCGAAGCUGCAAAGCGCAGACCGCUUCGAUCGCUUUUUCACGCAAGGACACCUCUACCUCGAUGCUGCCAAGCUUCCAGAUCUACCGUCGAUUUCCCAGUACCCCAUGGAUCCGUCUCGACGUACGCAAUCGUUGCGAUCGAAUCCUCCCAAUAGCUACCCGAACGACAACGACAGCUUCCCAUAUCCGAGAGCAUCGUUCCAAAGAAAGGAAUACGAUCCAAGAUGCGGGAACAAAGAAGUCCGCGUGGAAGAGAACGAAGAGAAGGUUCCAACGGGAACGAACAGCGAAUUCGACGAGUACCUUGAGAAAAUUCGGAAGCUUCAUCGCGACCUCGACAUGCAGAGCUCGGACAACGAUGGAACACGGAUGAUGGAGCAGCGUGCGGCUGCGUCGCGCGGCGAUUCCCGAGCGUCCGCCAAGGAAAGCUUCGACAAGAACCUCGCGAACGACGUCAAGAAAGUGUUGGAGCUCGCGGAGAAUCUGGUGUCCAGAACGAGGAGCGGCGCCAGGCACGCCGAGAAAGAGGAAGAGAAGCUACAAAGUGGCGCGUCGUUGGCCAAAAGAAAUCAUGUUGAAAUAUCGGAUGCUCGGCAAGGACGCGCAACAUCGAUGGCGCACGCAACGGACAGAAUUAGCGGCGACGUUGCGUUGCGCCGGCCGGAAUUAGACUCGCGUGAAAAUAUUGAAAAGCUGAAAAACCAGAGUUUUCCGGGCGCCGAUGAUCCGCCCGAGCCGCGGCGGGAUCGCCCAGUCCAUCCUGGCCGCGACAAUGAUAGAAUCUAUGUUGCAGAACAAUCGAGAUUGGAGCAGUCCCUGUUCAGCGUCGGCGAAGCGCUGGAGCCGUGGAACUUGGCCUCCGUCGAGAAGCAAAUCAGGCGAAUCGACUCCGCGGAGGAGACCACGCCGGAUGAAAGCGACGCGAUGCUAAUUGAACAGGAAAUACCGGCUAGCGAAACUGUGCAGGAGCAGGAGCAGGAGCAGGAGCAGGAGGUGAUUUUCGACAAUACCGACGAUACGUUAGAAUUGCAGGACAACGAGUAUCCAGGCGAUCAGCACGAAGCUGGGAGAACGGAGGAUCGCUAUGACGAGGUUCCCGCUUCGCUGCAGCCCCGAGUCUCUGAGAAAGAGCACGUGGAAUCUCCGGAUGGCGACGAUAGGUUUAUCGAGCAAAAAGAUUUCAACGAUUACGACGAUUACAAGGAUAACGACCAAGAAAAAUCUGAGGCAAUGGGUACCGAACACGAAGAGAACGUCGAGGGGCCAAGCGGUGAAGAGAACUUGAACGGAGGCUACGGCUAUGAUCAGAACGAACCCUACGAAUACGAGAAAAAGGAGGAGUACGAGGGCUAUGCUAUCCAGGAAUAUCCGCAGGAACCGAGCGAACAGUACGAAGGGUACACGGGCGAACAGUACGAUCAGUAUAUCGGUCAUCCUGAAAGUGGCUAUGUUGAUCAGCCUAACGCGCAGUACCAGGAAGACGCGAAUGAGAAAUAUGGCUAUCCUUACAACGAACAAUACGAGCCGAAUCAAGAGUUUACGACGAAUGCGGAGGAACAUUACGAGCCCGGCGAGGCGGAAAUUCCGCGAGACGGUGAACUCGAGCUGGAAGAAGCCAAGGUGGAUGUGGUCGAGGAAGAGUCGACGGAACAGCCGAGGGAAUCGCAGAGUGAAGAAAAAGAGGUAACGGAGGAAAAGGAGGUGAAGGAGGAAAAAGAGGAGGAGGAGAAGAAGGAAAAAGAGGACAGCGUGGGAACGGUUAGCUCGAAGGAGGAUCAAAGCGAGAUGCUAGCUUCGAAGAAUGAGCAGAAGAAAAAGAAGGAUGUAAUCAAAUCUUUGCUAGAUUCUGACACGGACAGCACGCUCGAACAGAAUGUGACGAACACGGAGAGCGAUUUUGAUUUUAAUUGAAGCCUAAGUAUCUUUAUUGUUAGGUCGAUGCAUACGAAAUGCCGGAUUUUUCCUGAAAAUAACGCAAACUCGGUUACCAUCGGUUUGUCCAUCUUUUCAAGUUCGACGCGAUUGCAGAAACGUGUCACCGUUGAGCAAUUGUUAUUCUAUACGCGGAUCAUCGUUGUUAGUUCUUUUUAUGAGCAUCAACCUAAUAUUUCUACUAUAUGUAUGUGUACCAUACGUGCAAAGCUAAAUUAUAUUCUGAAUUUACAAGGAUUAUAAAUUCUGAAUGCACAUUUACAUGACGCACAUCUAGAAGGAAUUCGCGUGGAGUGUAACAUAACGUAAUUUUAUUUUCAUGCAAUAAAGUUACAUAUAUUAACGAAAACUAAAA